UCGGCGGUGCGGCUGUCCCUGAUCCCAAAUAACCGCCUUCCCUCUCCUCUCCUCCUCUGUUUCUUUCUUCUUCCUUGUUGGGACAGAUUUGUUCUCUGCACAGUGCACAUCAUACCCAAACAGGCCUUGUAUUUGAUGGAGAUAAGGACAGUGAAAGUUAACAAUGUCUCCCUGGGUGCAACGGAGAAUGAUUUAAAGGAAUUCUUUUCCUUCUCCGGUGAAAUCGAAUACAUUGAAAUACAAGGGGACAACGAGAGGUCUCAGAUUGCAUAUGUUACCUUCAAGAACCCCAAAGGGGCAGAAACUUCAGUGCUUCUUUCGGGAGCAACUAUAGUUGAUCAGUCCGUUACCAUAGAACUGGCUCCAGAUUACAAGCUUCCAGCUGCUGCAGAUUCAGCACGUCCAACUGCAACAGAUAAUGUAAGUUCUGGUGGUGCUCCCCAAACCGCAGAGGAUGUUGUCAGCAGCAUGCUAGCCAAAGGCUUUGUUUUGGGAAAAGAUGCAAUCAACAAGGCAAAGGCCUUUGAUGAGAAACACCAGCUUACUUCAACUGCAACGGCCACAGUAACUUCUUUGGACCAAAAGAUUGGUUUCACUGAGAAAAUUAGUGCUGGCACAAGCAUGGUAAAUGAUAAGGUGAGGGAAAUGGAUGAAAAGUUUCAGGUUUCUGAGAAGACCAAGAAUGCGUUUUCAGCUGCAGAGCAAACGGUGAGCAGUGCUGGGUCUGCAAUCAUGAAAAACCGUUACAUACUAACUGGGACGUCGUGGGUAACCGAUGCGUAUAACAGGGCAGCCAAGGCAGCAGGUGAAGUGGGGCAGAAGACCAUGGAUAAGGUUUCAGCAGAGGAAGAGGGUGGAAAGAAAGUGGAAGGCAAUAGUACUACUCAGAUCACUCAAGUACAUUCUCCCAAGGAUGCUACCCACUAAACUAAUGUAAGUUCAAUUCUUUUAUGCGUGUUCUAUUUGUGCUAUCGUAUCAAGUUAUUUAUGUUAAGGCAAUUUGUUCUUUAGGUAAUUUACUAAAGCAAUAAGGUUGUCGAAUUGACAUGUUUCUGUUCUUCCCUUUUCAUUAAAAAAUAAAAAUUAGACAUGUUUUUCCAUCCUCAAAUCAUUUGUAUUGUUGGAAUAAGAUGAUUGAAAACUUAAACCUAAGAUGACGAGACUGCAUUUGUAUUGUGUGUGAAUCAGAUGAUUGAAAAUGGGAGUGAGGA